UCAGGCAACGGAGCACGGUCGGCGAAUGGACGGGUGCGGGAGAUUGCGAUGACGGCAGGCGUGCCGACGGUGGGUGAAGGGCUGGUCUGGGCGGUGAAUGCAGACAGGAAGGCGCUGUCUGUCAUGCGACGUGGAGGAUUGGGAGUUGGGUAGGCUUGGGCGCAGCGGUGAGCACGGGAGCGAGGUCGAGGCGGUGGGUUAUCUUACCUGUGCGGAGAGCGAUAUGAAGCAGCCGAGCGACUCACUUGCCGGCGCUAGCAGGCGGCCACUGGCGAGAGAUCGGUGGGCACCGCCUGAUCGACGAUGGCGGGCUGAGCGUGCUUGUGCAGGCUAUUGUGCGCGUCGAGGGCCGUGUUUACACAAACGCACGUUGGGGAAGGUGCGGUGGAUGGGCGCGGGGAGGGCAGCUGCGAUCAACAAACGGGGUACAAAGCGACCAACAAGUAAGACGCAGCAAGAGGGAAAAGCGGCAGCCGGCGCACCAGAGCGAGAAUCAGCUGCAACUGCUGCAAGGAAGAGCAAGGGCGCUGGCCAAUGGCCCUCGCCCGCUAGCCAGCUGUUUGCUCACGGACGCCCGACCAGGCGCCUGUCAGUCGCAAAGUGCGCGUCCAUGUGCCCGUUUGCGUGCAGCAUCAAGUUGCCGCAGCAGAGAGGUUCGCAGCAGACACGCUCGUGGUUGCGCCUGCACAGCGCACCAGCGACGCUACUCCGCGAACGACGGCUGGCGGCCAACGACGCGACCGCAGCACGUCAAAGGGGUUUGCUGCACAGCCUAUCGUGUCGCUCGUCUGGGCCACUGAGAGCUGGGUAUGAAACGGACAAGGCACGAUGCGGGCAUGCUACUGUAGCUGCAGCUGCAGCUCCACCAACCAGCUUGACCUCGCGUUGUCACGGUCUAGAAGAGGGCCAGGGUCAUCGCCGGAAAUCAAUACCGGAAAUCACCAACUACAUCUCGGCACCUCCAGAACAAUGCAGCCGGCUGCUGCCUGAUGUCGCUCGGGAGAUGCGCGAGCAUCGCGAUCGUGGCUCACAUCAAUCUCGCGAGCCCCUUUGA